GUGAGUCUGCCUGGGCAGAGCAAGGCAAGGCGGGGGUGCUCCCCAAGGAAAGUCCCCAGCAGUGAUCAGGUGUGUCCUACUGCUUCCAAAGCAGAUGUGAUCAGAAGAGGAAGCACUAACUAGUGCAGAUCCCCCCCCCCGUGUGUUCCAGCCAGCUCAGGUAUGUUGUGUGACGGGUACUAUGAUCUCCAGGAUUUCCAUCACUCAGGGUUCUACUGCCCCCGCCUCUCUGACCCCCCCGAGCACUCCUACUGCUGUCGCCAAGGAAUCCUCUACCUCAAGUACUGCUGCAACCAAUCAGAGUUCCAGGAUGUCAUGAAUGUCAACCUAUCAGAGAGCAGCACCUCCCAGCUCGUUCACAGCCAGCCUCUCACCCUCCUGGCGGUGGGGUUCUAUAUAGUUCUGGUUCUGACCCUGAUGAUAGUGGACUUUCUCUGGUUCUGCCGCAUGCGUGACCUCACUGUGCUGGCUGCUCUCAGGAAGUACUUGACCUGCCCCCGCUGGAUAAACAGCAUCCUGCGCCCCAACAGACAGCCCACGCACUACCAUAGCAACAGGAACCUAGCUCCACAUAGGAAUCAGCAGAGCGCUCCUCCUCGUCUCCCUGGCGACUGGAACAACAGAUCAGCAAGUAGGAGUUGCCAUGGUGACCAGAGCACAGAGUUCACACAUCUGGACCCAGAAGUGAACAGUGAUUGGACAGAAGAUGACAUGGGGUGGUCUGAUGACUGA